GCCUUGGUCCUCCCCCCCUCGGAAGGACGCAGAGAUCCAGCAGCCCUCGCUCUGGGCACAGCACUGGCCCUCAAGUUUAUCAUCGCCAGGGCCAUCUGGAGGGCUGUGAAGACACAGCUCGGGACUCAAGAGACGGAGAAGCCGGCUUUGUCUUUGAACAACUGCACCCCACCGCAGCGUUGAGAUGCCUGGUUCCAUCAGUAGCUUAGAGACCUUCACGCGAAGGGCCCGGCCUUUGAACCCCAAUGGUUCAAACUUGCUUUAGCCUCUAUGAGGUUAAGUCGCCCUAGGAGACGUGGGCACUUUAAGCCUUGAAGGGGCAGCCCAGGCCAGCAUCUCUGGCCUCCGCACCUGCCCUGCAUGCAAGAACCCUGAAGGGGUUCACCAGGCUCGUGGGCUUUGGGAUCCUUCCGUUUCCCUGGAGAGGUGGUGGCAGAGGCCCACCGAAGCCCCGCCCAUGAGGCGUGGGGGGCACAGAGAGAUUGAAUCCGCGCCCAGACCCCCUUUCUCAUCUUAACGUCCAAGUGGGGUGUCAGCUUUCCACACGCUGGGGUGCUGUUGCCUCUUCCCACAGCAUGCAGGACAGGCGUGCGCUCGCGGCAGGCGCCGAGCACAGACGUGACCAAAUAAAACGAAUGAGCAAACGAGCAAAUGGAUCCUUUACCGAACCCGCCCCAGAGCCCAGCUGUCUUCCAUCUGCCGUCUGCAGCUCCAUGGGUGCUCCCACCUAGGGGCUCCUUUGCUCGUCACAGAACAGUCUUGGGACAGUCUUGGGGGAUAGGCGACUAUCCUAGCGUCCAUCUCGCAGGUGGGGAAACUGAGGCCCCAGGUGGCCUGACUUGCUCAACUUCACUAGUGAGUACAGGGCAGAUGCAGCAAGAUGCGCACAGAACUCCAUGCUGCAGCCUCUUGCAAGAGCCCCUCUCCCGUCGAAUCAGCUCCAUGUCCCUGGACGGGCCCUCUGCAGGGCUCCUGCGGGAGGAAGUGUCCCGGCUCCAGGAGGAAGUCCACCUGCUGCGCCAGAUGAAGGAGAUGCUGACGAAGGACCUGGAGGAGACCCAGGGUGGCAAGUCCUCCGAGGUCCUCUCGGCCACCGAGCUCAGGGUCCAGCUGGCCCAGAAGGAGCAGGAGCUAGCCAGAGCCAAAGAGGCCUUGCAGGCCAUGAAGGCCGACCGGAAGCGCCUGAAGAGCGAGAAGACGGACCUGGUGAGCCAGAUGCAGCAGCUGUACGCCACGCUGGAGAGCCGCGAGGAGCAGCUGCGCGACUUCAUCCGCAACUACGAGCAGCACCGCAAGGAGAGCGAAGAUGCCGUCAAAGCCCUGGCCAAGGAGAAGGACCUGCUGGAGCGUGAGAAGUGGGAGCUGCGGCGCCAAGCCAAGGAGGCCACGGACCACGCCACGGCGCUGCGCUCCCAGCUGGACCUCAAGGACAACCGGAUGAAGGAGCUGGAGGCUGAGCUGGCCAUGGCCAAGCAGUCCUUAGCUACGCUGACCAAGGACGUCCCCAAGCGGCAUUCUCUGGCCAUGCCGGGCGAGACGGUGCUGAACGGCAACCAGGAGUGGGUGGUGCAGGCGGACCUCCCCCUGACCGCGGCCAUCCGGCAGAGCCAGCAGACUCUCUACCACUCACACCCCCCCCACCCUGCGGACCGGCAAGCGGUCAGGGUGAGCCCCUGCCACUCCCGGCAGCCCUCCGUCAUCUCCGACGCAUCUGCCGCCGAAGGCGACCGGUCGUCCACGCCAAGCGACAUCAACUCCCCUCGGCACCGGACACACUCCCUCUGGCGACAGUCCCGGCCCAGUACAGAAGAACCUGCACAACCCCAUUGUACAGCUCAGGUGGCUUUGUUCUCGCUCUCCCCCCCCCACCCCGCGCGGCCGGCUCCUCAGUCACUAGAGGAUCUUGAAGACCAAAAACGGAAAAAGAAGAAAGAGAAGAUGGGAUUCGGCUCCAUCUCGCGCGUCUUCGCCCGAGGGAAGCAGCGGAAGUCCCUCGACCCCGGCCUCUUUGAUGAUUCGGACAGCCAGUGCAGCCCCACGAGGCAGAGCCUCAGCCUGUCGGAGGGCGAGGAGCAGAUGGACCGGCUGCAGCAGGUGGAGCUGGUCAGGACCACCCCCAUGUCCCACUGGAAGGCCGGCACCGUCCAGGCCUGGCUGGAGGUGGUCAUGGCCAUGCCCAUGUACGUCAAGGCCUGUGCGGAGAACGUGAAGAGCGGGAAGAUGCUGCUGAGCCUGAGUGACGAAGACCUGGAGCUGGGUCUGGGCGUGUGCAGCUCCCUGCACCGGCGCAAGCUCCGGCUGGCCAUCGAGGACUACCGCGAUGCCGAGGCGGGCAGGAGCCUAUCCAAAGCCGCUGACCUGGACCAUCACUGGGUGGCCAAGGCCUGGCUGAAUGACAUCGGCCUGUCCCAGUACUCUCAGGCCUUCCAAAACCACCUGGUCGACGGGCGAAUGCUGCAUUCCCUGAUGAAGCGGGACCUGGAGAAGCAUCUGAAUGUGUCCAAGAAGUUCCACCAGGUCAGCAUCCUGCUGGGGAUCGAGCUGCUGUACCAAGUGAACUUCAGCAGGGAGGCCCUCCAGGAGCGCCGCGCCCGCUGCGAGACACAGAACAUAGACCCUGUGGUCUGGACCAACCAGCGGGUGCUCAAGUGGGUGCGGGACAUUGACCUGAAGGAGUACGCAGACAACCUGACCAACAGUGGCAUUCACGGUGCUGUGUUGGUGCUGGAGCCCACGUUCAACGCCGAGGCCAUGGCUACUGCCCUGGGCAUCCCCAGCGGGAAGCACAUCCUCCGGAGACACCUGGCAGAGGAGAUGAGUGCCAUCUUCCACCCGGCUAACUCCUCAGGCAUCCGGGAGGCUGAGCGUUUCGGAACACCCCCCGGGAGGGCUUCCAGCAUCACCCGGGCGGGCAAGGAGGAGAACAGCGGUGGCAUCAAGUACAAGGCCGGCCGGCUCCCCCUGGGGAAGAUAGGAAGGGGCUUCAGCAGCAAAGACCCCGAUUUUCACGACGACUACGGCUCUCUUCAAAAUGAAGACUGUGGAGACGAUGACCCCCAGGGCAGGCCGGAGCAGUGCCGUCUGGAAGGCUACAAUGGCCUCGAGGUCACCAAUGUGUAAGGAAGGGACGCCGCGCCAGGCCCAGCGCGGACACGCCCGCCGAGGGAGAGUCGCCAGAGGCUGGCACCACUCUGUACAUAGGGACUGCGGCCGAGGAUGCUCCUCUGCUCCCGGACGGAACCCCAGCAGACUGGCGCAGCGUCACACGGGAGCUCCGGGGGGCGAGGAAGCACCUGCUUGUUCCCGCUGGGUGGAAGGACCCGUCAGCCCAGCCUCUCGGCAGCCCAGGCCCCCCCGCAGAGGGACUGUCAGCCGUUGAGCAGUCCCCGCGGUCCCCGCAGGCCUCGAGCUGAGCUGCCAAGGUGGAAGGAGGCCAAGGGGUCCCCAAAACACCCUCCCGGAAGGAGCGGGUGGGACUCCAGCCGGACACACAGAGCCCAGCGCCGGGAGGGGGCGAGGCGCCAGCCAAGCCUGAGGCUGACCCUGGGCACCUGGAGCCCUCCGGCCGGCCUGGCGAGCCCUUGGCUUCGGCUCCGUUCCUCCCAUGACUGGGGAACUCGGGUUCUGACUUGGGUCCCUGAAUCUCCGCUGGGAUUGGGAGGAUGCACAGUGAGACGGUCAUUCCCUCCCAACCCCUAAAAGUUGUGUGUCAGGCGGGGGGUGGACUGUAGAAAAGCUAUUUGCCUUCUCUUCCCGCGAGUGGAGGCAGGUGGAUGAUCCUUGCACGGGUGGGGCUUAGCAGCGACAUUUCCAGGAAAUGCAGACUUCCUGUCGUCAGGAUGAAGGAUGUUCUGAGGACAGGAGCCAGCACGGGUGAUCGACUCAGUGGUAACCACGUGCAACAGUGGGUUUGGGAUUGGGAGCAGGGAAGUGCUUGUCAUUGUUUACCCAACAAGCCUCUGCGGUGAUGGCUCAGGCACCUGAAACAGGUGUGCCCGCCAGUGUCCUCGCUGAGACGAACCUUGCAGGGCAAAGUCACGAAGGCGGUGCAGAGAACCCCAGCCCUUUCCCGGCCCCACCACCGUUCUGCUCCGUGGCUCCUUCCCAGGGGCCUCACCUCUCUGUGCCUGAACGUCUUCAUCUAGGACCCUUCCGGUCCCCUCCCAGGGACACUGUGAACAUUAACACUUGCUAAUGUCUGUAACACGCUUUGUAACCUCUCCAGGGACAGGUGGGAAGGUACAGGGACAGAAGGAAGUGUCCGGAUUCCCGUGUGGGACACAGAAUUGACCUUGAACCGGUUUCCCCGCAACUGGUUGGGCCAAAAGGAGGACAAGGACUGCUUCACGUUUGGACUCUCCAGAGCCCCCAGUAGGGCCCUGACCAAAGAGAGAGAUAGAAAGGUUCACGUGGACGACCGUGGAAAAAUCCGUUUGAGCCAUGUGUUCAGGCUCGAGUCCAUUGACGUCCGCGCCAAGCGAUGAUUUGGGGGCACAAACGCAUUGGGGUUCUCCUGACGCCUCGGUCGUCAGAGCGCAUCAUUUGUCGGGACCACAGCGUUGAAGCCUUUCGCACAAGAGCCGAGGGCAGGUCUGAAUUUCCAAGACUUGAACAGGUGUCAGCCUCCGAGACCCGCCAAAGCGCGGGUUCUUCCACCCAAGGAACAGUUUCCUCUCAAGAAAAGCCUAAACCGAGGCCCGAUGAACCUGAGAACGAUUCCUCCCCAAUGCCCGAGACCAUGGUUUUCCCUCUGACCCUAAGAUAAGCACAGCUUUUCUUGCCACUGGAAGCCGAGCGCCCAGCAGGUGGCAGGUGGACGGCCCCUCUCUUGUCUGAAUGUGUAGCCUCCUAGGGUCGCAUCUCUGAUUCCAGGGCCUCAGGGGUGAAGCUCUGGCGUCUAACUUGGCUUUGCUGGGGUUCCAAACCCCGGGAUGUUAAUGCCAUUCGGCCACACAGGCUGCAGAGCCUGCAGCCUGGCAGGGGGAGUAAACCCCCUCCCCCAUAGCCUGAUGCCGCACACAGGUCACUCCCAAGCCAGCGUCCGGGCUCGGUGACCUGGGACCCCCGGAUCUGCCUCUUGGGAAGCAGCAAACCAGGUGGGAAAUGAUUCCCACGGGGUGAGCAAGGCUGGCACAUGGGUGCCUGCGUGCAGCUCUGAUUGCUUGAAGCCAGUGUUGACCUGAGUUGUCGGAAAUGAAGCUUGCAUCCCCCCCCCCUUCAAUCCCAUGGGGCAUGAGAUGGGCAAGUGGACAACAAAAUUUGCAGCAUUCGGCCAACAGGCCCGGGGCCACGUGGACAUCAAAAGUACCUUUCAGUCCAAAUGCUACCCCGAUGGCACCUUCUCGCCUGCCCACCGCAUCUAUCCUUGGCGGCCAGCUGAGCGCGUGGAGCUGGCUCUGCAACACGAGGACAGCUUGGUUGAUGAGUGAACAACCUCCACAGAGGGUCAGAUCCCGGGAGCUUCAUCUGCUGAAAAAAAAAAAAAAAUCCUAAAUGUCAACUCUGCUCCGAGGGUGGGCAAGGAGAGCACGGGGUGCAGACAGCCUUGGUGGAGAGAUUCAUGUGGCUAAUUGACCAAGGCUGGAGGGUGACCACCUGCAGAGCAGCGACCUGCCACGUUCGGCCCAAAGGGGCCUCAAGGGGUGACAGGGCUUCUGGGAAAAUGUGAAUAUGCUUCUUUGGGAGGUGGCACCUGCGCCCAUGGGUGCUAGCCCCUUAAAAAGAGGCAGUUGGUGCCAGAGGUUGGGGUGACCCAGAAGGGGGUGGAGGCACCCCACACCUCUCCGAGAAGCUGGGGGCCAGAGCCAUCAGAAGGCCCCUGCGCGGCAGACUCAGCUCUCUGCCCCAGACACUUCUGAGAGGCCCCCUGUUCCUUAGCCCCACAGAACCUUUCUCCCAGAAAUCUGCGUGUCCGUCCCCAGGGCUCAGGCUGUAGGAGGCGGGAGGAGCCACACGAGCAUCCGGAGCAGAUGCAGGAGAAGGGAAAGGGGCGUCUGCAAAGCGCGGCCAGCACGGAGGUGCGGGAAGGACAGUGGCCCCAAUCCUGAGGCCCCUCAAUAGGGCCCCCCACCACUCCCACCUGGCCCGUCCCCGUCCCGUCCAAAGCCACACCUUGUGGCACCGUCUUUUCCACGCUGCUCUUCGAGGCUCCCACGGCUCCUGGCGGUUGUGUGGUGAGGAAAGAAGAGCCUCUGAGGCCGGCGUUGCCAGCAACGGCUGGCGGGGGAGAGGAACCCCCUCCCGCAGACGGAGUCCGUGGCUGCGAAGGGAAUCCAUGAUCCACGAGCAGAGAUGACGGUCUGGGUUCUCUCAUCAGGGCCACGGCCCCCGCGUCUUCCCAGGAGUGAAUUUUAACACUGUAACAAUAAACACUACCGUGCAGAGCUCUGCUGACCAGGUA